AUGCAACUUCUUCUUCAUUUUCUUGUCAUAGUUCAUGAAGAAGAAUCAUUGGAAGAUGAUGAGGAUACAAUUGAUUAUCUGGCUAAAGAAAAUAUGUUUGUAUGUGAAAUGGACAUUGCUCCUGCAUUUUAUGGUGUUUUGAUUGGUAAAAAUGCUGAAAAUAAACAAAAAUUAGAACAAGAUACUAAUACACAAAUAAUAUUUCCACGUCGUGAUGAAAUCGGUACAGUAAAAAUUCGUAGUCGUACUAAGGCAAAUGUUCAAUCUGCUCGUACACGAAUUGAAUUAAUUAUUGAUCGAAAUCGUCAAAUGCAACCAUUUACACAUUUUCUUUCUAUUCCAAUUUGUCAAUCAUCAUCAUCAGUGUCAAAACAAUUCAAACAAAAAUAUGAAGAAUUUAAAAAAAAUGUUCUUGAACAAUGUUCAAAUGAACGAGGAAUAACUAAUGAAUUAUUUCAACAGGUAAACAAAUUACAUUUAACAAUAGCAACAUUAGUUCUAUUAUCAAAAUCAGAAAUUAAUUUUAUCAAAGAUACUUUACAAGAAUGUACAAAAGCUCUACUUAAACAAUUUAUGCCUACAGAUAAAGAACGUUUUAUCGUACAAUUAAGAGGACUUGAAUUUAUGAAUGAUGAUCCAAGUUUUGUUGAUGUACUCUAUGCUAAAGUACAGUUAGUUGAUAAGACAAAUACAAAUCGUUUACAAAAUUUUCUUGAUCGCUUAAAUGAAGAAUUACUUAACACAGGUCUUAUGAAACAAAAAUUUGAACGUAUUAAAUUACAUGUAACAUUAAUGAAUUCAUUAUUACGUAAAGAUGAUACAGGAAUAUUAGAAGCACAAAAAACAGCACGUGGAAAAGUAAAAAAUCAAGAACGUGAAUCAUUUGAUGCAAAAAAUAUUUUACGUCUUUUUGGUCAAUAUGAUUUUGGACAAAUUGAAUUAAAUGAAUUACAUUUAAGUAUAAUGCAUGAACCAGAUCGUCAAACAGGUUAUUAUGGUUGUGAAACAAAAAUUUUACUAAAACCCAUUAAUUAA